CAAUUUUGCUCCUUUAUUUCUGUCCGCAGAAGAAACUAGAAGAGAGAGAGAGAGAGAAAGAGAGAUUAAGGAUCAAACUCUUAAGAAGCAACAAAGUAUUGAUUUUUACAGAUAGAGAAGAGAGAGAGAAAGGAUCAAACUCUUUAGAAGCAAAAAAGUAUUGAUUUUUACAGAUAGAGAAGAUGGAGAAGAAGAAGUGUGAGCUGUGUAGUGGUGUAGCGAGAAUGUUCUGUGAGUCAGACCAGGCGAGUUUAUGCUGGGACUGCGACGGUAAAGUUCACGGAGCUAACUUUCUGGUGGCUAAGCACACGCGCUGCCUUCUUUGUAGCGCGUGUCAAUCUCCUACGCCUUGGAAAGCCUCCGGUCUUCGUCUCGGUCCAACUGUUUCCAUCUGCGAAUCCUGUGUAGCUCGUAAGAAUCAUCGCAAGAAUAUGAGCCAAGAGAUCAAUAAUCGCGAAGAAGACGGCGCAGAAUCUUACGACGACGACGAGGAAGAUGAGGAAAGCGAUGAAGAAGAAGAAGAGGAAGAAGAGGAAGAAGAAGCGGAGAAUCAGGUGGUGCCAUUGGAUGCGGCGGCGGUGAAACAAUCUCCGGUGGUGAGUUCAUCGUCUUCGGUUAGCAGCGGCGAGGAAGCAUUUUCCGGCGACGGAGCUUUGGUGGUGAAAAGAAAGAGACUGGAUUUGGAUCUUAACUGUUCCUAUGAGGAAUCAAAUGUUUGUCGACCAAUGAAGCGAAUCCCCAAGAAUGAAACCUCGUCAGGAUCAAGGGCUACGAUGAACUCAUUGCAAGGAGAGAGAAAAUCAAACGGCUGUGAUACAUCGUCAUCAUCAUCUUCUCGGGUUUUUGCAACCGCCAACAAAAGCAGAGAUCUCAGCCGUUGAUGAUUCCUCAGCUUUAGUCGAUUAGGUUAAUCCCCACCGUUCAUGACUAACAACAAGACCUCUUUUUAGUGAGUUGAGUUAGUUUUUUUAAUGCUUAGUUUGCUUACAUUUAAAAAAACAACCAAAUGUAUUCGUUGAACUUUUUUGGUUAGCUGUUGAAGCUUUUGUAUUA